AUGAUGGACAAUAACAGCAGCUCAGACGAUGAUCUUGUACAACAGAAGUUACCUAAAACAAUUCAAAAGGCAGCAAAUUCCAAGUUAUCAUCACCACUCCAUACCAAUGGCGUGUCUGUUAAUGCCAAGCCAGGGAAUCAAACAAGCACACAACAACGAUCAACGCUAACGAUUAGAAGAAAAACUAACAGCAGUUUAGUAAAACCACUAACAUCAGAACCUGUUGAGUCCAAUAAGCCUUGUCUUCCAACAGUAAUUGAAAUUUCAGACAGUAGUUGUGAUGAGAGCAACAACAUGAAUACGGACGACGAUGACAAUGUUUCAUUGGAAUUGAAAUACAUUCUCAUUGAAAAUAGCGAUAGUAGUGAGGAUGAAGAAGAGAUGUAUCUGGAACAUUCACAACAACCCACUAAGCACGAAACAUCUUUCAAUCUUAUUGAUCUCAAUGAAUCAAGAGAGAACAAGAGAAAAGCAACAUGCAUGAACAACAGUGAUGCUGACUUGAAAAGCGAUACCACGGACGACGAAAAAGUAUCUUGCACACCAGUUCGUAAAAGGUUGAAACGAAGACCUUCAAGAGCGGUCUCACCACAACAGAUGAAUAGGCUUAAUAAUACCGCCUCUAGUAGUAGCAGUGCAACAUCUCAGAAAGUGGUUGCUAAAGUUCCAACAUCAAAAGCUAACACUUCAGCACCUAAAAAAACGCUCUCCUCCAAGAAAAAAGAACCAGAGCUAUCAGAAGAUAGUGAGGAAGAGAUUGAAUUUGAUCAGGAAUCUUCAUCAGAAGAAGAGCAAGAUGAAGAAUAUAAUGAGCCAGUAGACGAUGAUGAAAUUGAGGAUUAUUCUUCUUCAGAAGAGGUGAUUGAUGAAAUUUCUGAAACAAGCGAUGAAGAAAUGGAAGAUAUCAGAUCUUCUAAAAGAAAGCAGAAAACAACCAAGAAUAAUCAAAUUAAGGUUACCAAACCAGCAUAUGAAAAGAAAGUUGUUGCACCUACAAGCUCUUCUGUUUCAAAGAAGAAUCAGCCUUCCAGAAAGCCAUCCACCUUGCAAGAUUUAAACAAGCUUGAGAAUGGAUGGUCAUUUGAUGUCAAGAACAAUCAAUAUGUUUUGGAACUGGACGGGAAUCCUUUUGGAUUUAUCGUUUCAGCUAAAAUUUAUGAAGGUCUCUAUCAUCACCAACAGAUAGGUGUCAAAUGGCUCACAGAAAGACAUUUUGAUUCUAACUUUAAUGGCGGUAUUUUGGGAGACAAGAUGGGUCUUGGAAAGACUGUACAAAUUUCCUCAUUUAUCCAUGGACUGUUUCUUUCUAAGAAAGCAAAGCGUGUGGUUGUUCUCUGUCCAAAUAGCGUGAUUGGUAACUGGAAAAGAGAGCUUGAAAAAUGGUCUGAUGAUACAAUUCAAGAUGUUGUUGUUUUUCAUAAUGUUGGAAGUAACAAAGUUCAAAACAAAAAGAGAAUCAGCAUGGUUGAGCAAUUCAACAGAGCAGCAAACAAUGGAGGUGCUGUAUUGCUUUCCACACUGCAAACAAUAAGCAAUCACAUGGACUUUUUAAAGAAGGAAUUUGUUGACGACAAGCUUAUUGAUUCAGUAAUUAUUGAUGAGGCUCACAAGAUCAAGAAUUCUAAAUCCAAAUGCCACAUUCAGAUUGCACAACUUCCAAGCAAAUCGAGAUUUGCUUUAACUGGUACUCCAAUUAUGAAUCGUUUAAACGAGCUUUACGCUCUUUUUUCAUGGAUGUUUGAGGACAAACUACUAGGCACCCAAAAAGACUUUAAUGAAACCUACGCCAUAGCCAUCAAUAGGUCUACAAAGAGAGACGCCAGACUUUUUGAAAAGCAACUAGGUAACAUUCGUGCAGACUGUUUGCGUGAAAAAAUCAAACCAUACCUACUCAUGCGUGAAAAGAGUGAAACAUUAAAGGUAGACAAUCAACUCUUCAAGACUGACGGUAAAAGCGCAAACACUUCUUCCAGAAUUGGGCAAAAGAAUGACUUGGUUUUGUGGAUUACAUUAACAGAAGAGCAAAAACAAAUGUACAAAGAUUAUAUUAGCUCUGAAGAAGUUAAGAGAGUUCUCAAUAGGACUCAAAAUCCUCUUGUUGGUAUUACUGUCAUGAAACAAAUAUGUGACCAUCAUAUCAUGUGCCGUGGAUACAAUGAAAUGCAAAAGCAUAAAGAGCAAGCUUUGAAGCAAGCUGCAAAGGAACAGGCAAUGGAAGAAGACCAAUUAAAUGCUGAAGACAUGAAGGAUUUUAUUGAAGAAAGCGACGAUGACCAAGAUGCAAUCAUGGGUGCGGAUUAUGGCAUUCUUGAUGCUGAUGAGCUUGAUGAAAAAACCAAGAAGGCAAUCGAAAGAAGAUUGAAAAAAGCUGAGGAGGCUCGAAUUUUAAAAUAUAUUCGAGAUGAACCAGUGGAUGACCUCAUUAGUGCUAGUUGCAAAGUUAAAAUUGUUCAAGAGUUAAUUUUGAAAAAUAGAGAGGACGGCCAUCGCUUAUUGAUAUUCUCAUCAUUCACUAGAAUGCUUGAUAUUAUUGCAAUUCUGCUCAAGAGCUUGGACUUGAAAUUUAAUCGUAUUGAUGGCUCUGUUACCAGCUACAAAGAACGAACGAGAUUGGUGGAUGAAUUCAACACAGAUGAAGAUAUUGAUUGCUUUUUACUAACCACACAGGCUGGAGGAGUUGGACUCAACUUGGUUGGUGCCUCAAGAGUCAUUAUUAUUGAACCUAAUUGGAACCCACAACUAGAUGAACAAGCCAUCGAUCGAGUCUAUCGUAUUGGACAGCGUCAGAACGUGAUUGUUUAUCGUCUCAUCACAGCAGGAACCAUUGAAGAAUAUAUUUAUGGUAAACAAAUAGCCAAGAACACCAUUUCCAGAACUGCUACAGUGGAGUCGAAUCAGUAUCGUUAUUUUGGAGAAGCCGACUUGCAAGAGAUGUUCACCUUGAAAGAUACAACGAUCAGUAAAACAUGCAAAAGGUUGAACAAUAUUCACAAAGAUGAGCGAAAGGAUGCACCUGGUCUUGCAGACCACAUCAAAUUCCUCGAAGAUUUGGAUGGACUGAUUGGCAUUUCUGAUCAUGACGUACUUUUCCAAAAAGAAGCAGAUGAUGUUGAUGAAGACUUGGCACUUCAAGAAGAGCUUAAACGACAGCAUCAACAAGCUCAAAUUAGAAAAGCUCGUGAGGAGUAUAUCCAACGACUACUGGCUGCACGUGAAAACCUACCUGUGGCUAGCAGUGUCCAAGAUAAGGUUUCCUCUUUUGGUAGUCAGAACAGCCAAUCCAUUGCAGUGCCAACGAGUAGUAGCGAUUCUACAAGUUCACAAUCAAGAGACAACAAUCGAGAAGAUUUGACAGUACUUGCCAAGAGACUACAACUCCAACUUGAACGAGCUUUGAUGCAAAAAGAUCAAAGCCAACGACAACAGAAAUGGAUUUGA